GCCAGAGGCUGAAUAUUAAUUAAUUAACUGGUUCAGUUAUCCUUAAGUCAGUUCUGUGACCAGUGUGAGGAAGUGUAAUAGAAGAAAAACUAUACAACUAACUUAAGUGGGUUUAGUUUUAGUGUUAUUUAGCAGUUAAUCAGAGGAAGCUAAUCCUCCUAGCAGCCGGAGCUAGCUGUGGUAGUGGGUUAAGCUAACAGAGGCUAAGCUAACCUGAACCGGAGCGGUAACAUGUUGGAGGGGGUCUCAGGGUUGGACCCGGGUCUGAGCUGAGUGGACAGACAGUGGACAUGUUGGACGGUGUCUCAGGGUUGGACACGGGUCUGAGCUGAGUGGACAGACAGUGGACACGGCUGCUUCUGUCCAGGUUUAUGUCUAAAUGGCACAGACUGAACAGGGACAUGGACACGAGUGGACCAGCAGCACAGACAAGAUGACACACAAUGGGACAGACGGCUCAAAUGGACCGGACACACAGGUCAACGGCACCGGAGCUCCCGGGGAGAGCCCGGCGGACAAGUACGGGUUCACAGGGGGAGCCCAGAAGUAUUCUUCAGACACUGUUGAAGAAAUCCCCAUUGAGGUUCUGAGGCAACGAGAAGUGAAAUGGUUGGAAAUGCUCAACAGCUGGGACAAGUGGAUGGCCAAGAAACACAAGAAGGUGAAGGAUCGCUGUCAGAAGGGAAUUCCACCGUCGCUGCGUGGUCGAGCCUGGCUUUACCUAACUGGAGCCAAAUUCAAAAAGGAGCAAAAUAAAGGCAAAUUUCAGGAACUGGAUGACCAGCCAGGAGAUCUCAAAUGGGUCGACAUUAUUGAAAGGGACCUUCAUCGACAGUUUCCCUUCCACGAGAUGUUUGCAGCAAGAGGAGGCCAUGGGCAGCAGGAUUUGUUUCGUGUGUUGAAGAAUUAUACUCUGCAUCGUCCUGAGGAGGGCUAUUGUCAGGCUCAGGCUCCCAUCGCUGCUGUGCUCCUCAUGCACAUGCCAGCAGAGGAUGCAUUCUGGGUCCUUGUCCAGAUUUGUGAGAAAUAUCUUCCUGGUUACUACAGUACUGGGCUGGAGGCCAUCCAGCUGGACGGGGAGAUCCUUAACGCCCUGCUUCACCGAGUGUCUCCUGCGGCUCACCGUCACCUGAAGAAGCACAAGCUGGAGCCCAUCCUGUACAUGACUGAGUGGUUCAUGUGUGCCUUCUCUAGGACUCUACCCUGGGCCUCAGUGCUGAGGGUCUGGGACAUGUUCCUCUGUGAAGGAGUGAAGAUCCUGUUCCGUGUGGGCCUAGUUCUCCUGAAAUGCACUUUGGGAUCCCAAGAGAAACUGAAGAACUGUCAAGGUCUCUAUGAAACCAUGGAGCUGCUUCGAGCUAUUCAGCCACAGUACAUGCAGGAGGGGUUCCUGGUGCGAGAGAUUCUGGAGUUGUCAGUGUCUGAGAAGGACAUUGAGAAGGAACACCUCGCUCAGCUCCGACGCUGGAAGGAGACUCAUGGCGAUCUGCACUGCACCUCCCCUCCCAGGAUGCACGGCGCCAAAGCGGUCAUGGCCGCCGACCCGCCCAGCAGACAGGACCUGAAACAGAGCCCUACCAUCCUGGUGGAGUCACCACUAGAACGCAUACCAGGACAGGAAACCACAGAAGGCAGCAAGGAGAACAUCCAAUCAAAAACGGAAAAGCAGAAGGAGGCGGAGCAUACUUACCUGAGCCCCAGUGACCCUUCACCUGCCAAUCAGCCAAAGCACCAAGGGUCCAAUGAGAGUCUGAGCAGUGCAGAGCAUGACACCUACCUGUAACAGGAGCAGGUAGAACAGCUUUUAUGAGUUUACACAAAGGCUCAGAUGGAGGUCCAGUCUGUCCUAUAAAGGACAGGACACUUGUCCACAGGGUUGUCUACUAAUGAUUUUAAAACAGACGGCCGUUUUUGCAGCAGCCAUGACACAUCCGAACACUUGCAGAAUUCUAUUUUUGUUAAUCUUUUGUAAUGGUGAUCAUAUUCACACUAUAUCUGAGGAUACUUUUAAAAUAAUGGUGCAUACUCAUGCCAUUACCCAGAGUGCACUGGGGCCGGUCCAGGACAUCUGCCACCAUUAGUUUAUUUUUAACAUGUGGGUUUAAACAGCACUUUUAAUACAGCACUGAGAACUUCAAAAAAAAAAAAGGGAAAACAGUUGGAAAUCAGAUGUUUGUGCCACGGAACAACAGCUACUGCGCUUUAACUGAGUGGAUGAGUUUGGACUGUUUGGGUUAGUGUCCGAAUAUGGACAGUCACUUGUCAAAGGGAGGUCAGCCUGUGCACUGUUGGAACUGUUGGACUGUAAAUGUCCAUUCAGCUGCAGGAGAAGCACUGGACUGACAUGGACCACACAGGGGGAACAGUUAAGGGAACAGUGGGAUUAAAGGGAACAGUGGGAUUUAAGGGAACAGUGGGUAUCAAAGGGAACAGUGGGAUUUAAGGGAACACUGGGAUCAAAGGGAGUCCACUCCACAGUUAAGUGGGUCCACACAUAAGGAUUUUCUUAAUCUAAACAGAUGUUUUAUCUGUUCCAGACCAAACACAUGAAGACAAAAAAUCAGGCAUUGAACACUUCUGAUGGUUCUGUGUGUGUGUGUGUGUGUGUGUGUGUGUGUGUGUACUCUGAUCAUCUGAACACACACAGAACGGUUCUGUUCCACCACCGAUCUACAAUCUAGUCCAAGACAGAAAUCUCACCUGAUCAAACGUGAUCUAACAAAAACAAAGAAGAGUCCUGAAUCGGUUGAGUAGUGCCCCCCCCCCCCCCCCC